UCCUCUGACAGAGGCCUGUGAGAGACAACGAGGACACGCUGGACUCUGGGAGAGCGGCUGGACAGCGAUGGAGACACUACUGGCGAUUACUUUUGCCACAGUUUGACGCAGCUGUGCACCGAAAACACCCCGUUCAGGUUUUUAUUUUGCAUCCCCUUUUAUUUGCAUCAGAGCUACGGAAAUGGAGCAAGCACCCAGCGCGCCGAGCCCUCCUUCCAAGCCGGCCCAUCACGAGCCCAUCAGCUUCGGCAUCGACCAGAUCCUGGGAGCCGGCACGGAGCCGGAGAGCGGGCGCACGGCUGGGAGACAGAGUGGAUCCGAUUUAAGCAGCGGGGACGGUUAUUACAGUUUAGGAAGCCCGACCGGGGCCAGCGCGCCCUCUUACACCGCGCUGUCUAUCUCCCUUUCCGGUAUAAUGCCUCCAGUGGAGGCUCCGGGUUCGUACGGGGAGAGCAGGAGUCUGGGAAGCCGGGGAGUGAUCCGAGUCCCGGCGCACAGACCCAUGACAGCCCCGGGACCCCCGGCCCCUGUCCAGGGCGCCAUGCCUGGGUUUGGAGGGCUGUGCUUCCCCUGGAUAGGGAACAGGUUCGCUAAGGACAGGAUAUCAGCAGCGCUUGUGCCGUUCGCGGUGACGCGGCGGAUAGGACACCCGUACCAGAACCGGACGCCUCCCAAGCGGAAAAAGCCCCGCACGUCCUUCUCCCGGGUCCAGAUCUGCGAGCUGGAGAAGCGCUUCCACCGGCAGAAGUAUCUGGCCAGCGCCGAGCGCGCGGCCCUGGCCAAGAGUCUGAAGAUGACGGACGCACAGGUCAAAACCUGGUUUCAGAACCGCAGGACCAAGUGGAGGAGACAGACAGCCGAGGAGAGGGAGGCGGAGCGUCAGCAGGCCAAUCGGCUCAUCCUGCAGCUGCAGCAGUCCGCCCUCCAGAAGUCUCUCGGCGAAUCAGCGGUGUCGGAUCCACUGUGCGCGCACAACUCCUCCCUGUACGCGCUGCAGAACCUGCAGCCCUGGGCCGAGGAGCGGGAGUAGAGACCCAACUCUCUGCACUGCGAUCAAUAAGCAUCUUAUCUGUGAUCCCUGGGAGGAUUCAUGCAUUCAAUUAGACCUACAUGAGGACAGUGGGACAUGUUCUGAUCCAUGCAAUGGAUAGGAACAAAUAAAUAAAUGUUGGAACAGGAAAAAAAAAAAAAACUGAAGUGGAACUGGACCUGAAGUGAUGGUGAGUGAUGCCUGUUUGUAAACAGAAAAUGAACUCUCUCGGACUAAAUCUUGCAGCUGUGUACCUGGACACUUUUCAAAUUUAAAGAGGAGCUGAAACAGAACCUGUCAUUCCAAUUAAAAUGUGAUUGUUCUCUUAUGCUCGUGCUUAUUCUGUUCAAGAGUGAAGAAGGAAAUUUUAACCCAUUGACAUGGAGGAGUUAAUGAAUUUCCCAGUGACACACGACAAUGUUUAAUAAUUUUGUGAAGGUGUUUUCUCUCAACACAAAUAUCUCCUUAUUCUGAGACAGGCAUUUGUAAAGGGUAAGUUUAGUUAGUAGGGGGCGAAGCUACUUCAGAGUAAACAUGUCAGUGAAUUUUAAGUCAACCUCUUACUCUGUUUCAGACAAAUACAAAUGUGACUUCACAAAAAUUCAGAUUAAAGCUACUUUAAAUUUUCCUGGUGCUUUAUAUCUAAUAAAAAAAAAAUGCACCCUCACAAUCACUUGCAGGUGUAGUGCACCAUCAUUAUGCUGAAAUGUCAUAUUAUGGGAAUAGAUGUCAGGUGUAGUUGGGAGAGAAGUAGAGAGAGAAUAUGAAAGAGGCUGUAAGCCGGGUAAUAAAGGGAGAGAUGCAUGUUCAGUGAUGCUGGUUUUUUUCAUGUGCACAAUAUCCAGCUUUAUUUGUGGGAUGAGGGCGCAGAUGUGCAACCCUUUUUUUUGUACUUUAAUUGUAUAUGUGUACAUAACAAACUGUUAUUGUGAUCCAUGCUCCAUGUGAUGCACCAUAGAUGUGGUUUUGAGG